AUGGCCUCGGCGAGCGGCCCCGGGCCCGCCCUGGGGGUCCUCAGCGUGAUCAGCCCGUUGGUCCGGUUCGGUUUCAUCAGCUGUGAUUCCAUACUGUUAUAUGGGGUUGUGAACAACAAUAUAACUUUUCCUACAUCAAGAUAUAUGCCUUUUAAAGAGAUUACGUGGAAAAAACACAAGGAUAAAGUUGUAGAAUGGGAAAGUAACUAUGCGGUCAAAACUUUCCCAUCUUUCGUGGGUAGGGUUCAUUUAGACACCACGUCAGGUAACCUCACCAUCUUCAAUUUAACAUCAUCAGAUGAAGGUGAAUAUGAAAUUGAAUCACCAGAUAUUAAGGAGAGUUCCAAGUUCUCUCUUAUUGUGAUUGGGCCUCUUCCAUCCGUGACACUAACUUGUGCAUUGACUGGUGAAAACAUUGUAGUCCAAUGCAGCAUCCCGGAGCAUAACAACCACCCAGAGCUUAUUACGUACUCAUGGAAUUGCCCUUCAGAACAAUGUAAAAAUCACUCAAUGACUGAAAUAUAUUUUGGGAUAGAAGAUGAUCUUUCUCAGGAAACACGGUGUACUGUUAGCAAUCCGUUAUUCAAAAGCACAUCAUCUGUUCUUUUGGAAACCUGUGUCCCAAGCAAUGGUCAUUUAAGGCACAGGUUUGUGCUUAUAGCAGUAUUUGUAGCAGCAAUUGUGGUAUGUGUUGUGGUGGUGUGGAUACCGGGGAACGCUGAAGAGUAA